AUGCCGUGUAAUUGGCAAGGAGGAAUAUCAGUUUGUGACAGAUUCAACGUAGGACGAGCCACUGCUGUGAGAGCUGUACGUCGAGUUUGCCACGCUUUAUUUAUAAAAUCCUCAAGAUUUAUACAAUGGCCUACGGGGGAUCGUGCUAUAGAAGUGAUGCAUGGAUUUGAAAGAGCGAGUGGCUUUCCAAAAGUAAUAGGGGCGAUUGAUGGUACUCAUAUUCGUAUUAAUGGUCCAAAACAAAAUCAUGCAGAUUAUAUUAAUCGGAAAGGAUUUCAUUCUAUUCAGUUACAGAUCGUAUGUGACCACAAGACUCUGAUAACUCAUUGUUAUGCUGGACAUCCUGGGUCUGUUCAUGAUCAGAGAGUUUUUCGUUUAUCAGAAGUUGCAGAUUACGUAAAUGAUGAUGAUAAAUUCUUAGAAAAUUGCCAUAUUCUAGGCGAUGCUGCGUAUGAAAUACAUCAACACUUACUUACUCCGUAUCGAGAUAAUGGACAUUUAACUGAAAAACAAAGAAACUAUAAUUAUCGUCAUUCAGCUGUGUUUAACCGAUAG